AUGGAAGUCAAGGGCAAAGUAUUGCUAAUCGCCGGCUCGGACAGCUCCGGCGGAGCAGGUCUCGAGGCCGACCAAAAGGUCCUCGCCGCCCACGGCGUCUACGCAAUGACAGCCACGACCGCCCUCACGGCACAGAACACGACAGGCGUCAUGGACAUCCACCACGUCCCGCCCACGUUCCUGCGCAGGCAGAUCGACGCCGUGUUCGACGACAUCGGGGCCGACGUAGUCAAGACGGGCAUGCUGGCGUCCGCAGCAUCGGUGUCCGUCGUGGCUGAAGCGCUCGAGUGCCGCAGCGGCGACGGCAGGCAGCUCGUCGUCGACCCCGUCAUGGUGGCCACCACGGGUACCGAGCUGCUCCCUCGCCAGGCGCUGCGGGAGAUGCGGGCGAGGCUGCUCCCGCUGGCGACGGUGCUUACGCCCAACGUCCCUGAGGCGAGGAUGCUGCUUGCCGAUGCGGGCUUGGAGGCUGGGCGGGUCGAGGGGGUUGCAGACCUGGAGGAGGUGGGCAGGAGGCUGGUGGGGCUUGGGCCCGCUUGGGUGCUUGUCAAGGGCGGGCAUGUGCCGCUUCGGAGGAGGGACCUGAGGGUGGCUGUGGAGGACGCAGAGAGGGAGGUUGUGGUUGAUGUGUUGGUGGGGAGGGGAGGGGACGAGGUCGUGAGGGUCGAGACGCCGUGGCGGGAUAGCAGGCACACGCACGGGACGGGGUGCUCGUUGGCAUCUGCGAUCGCUUCGGGCCUUGCAAAAGGCAUGAGCGUCCCGGACGCGGUGAGGGCGGCGUGUCGAUAUGUCGAGGCGGGCAUCAGGACGGCGCCUGGCCUUGGGAAGGGGAGUGGACCACUCAAUCAUUUCCAUUCGACCUAUGCCUUGCCUUUUGCGCCUGGCCGCUUUGUGGAGUGGAUGUUGGAACGGCCGGAUGUGGCGCCCGUAUGGGACCGAUUCGUCAACCAUCCUUUCGUGAUGGCGAUGGGGAAUGGUUCUCUGCCGCUGGAGUCGUUCAAGGGCUAUCUUAUGCAGGACUACCUGUACUUGAUACACUUUGCUCGUGCCAAUGCCCUGGCAGCCUACAAGGCGAAGAAUAUGGCAGACAUCAAAGCUGCUUCUGAGAUAGUAUUACACAUCGAGAGGGAAACGAGUCUGCAUGUGACGUACUGUGAAGGCUUUGGCAUCUCUCUGGAGGAGAUGGGGAAGACUGAGGAGAAGAUGGCCUGUACGGCCUACACCAGAUACGUCCUGGACAUCGGGCAGUCGGAAGACUGGCUCGCGCUACAGGUCGCCCUUGCCCCCUGUCUGCUGGGCUACGGGGCCGUGGCAAAGAUGCUCCACGGCGACACGAGAACCAAGAGAGAAGGAAACCGGUACUGGGACUGGAUAGAGAACUAUAUCGCAGAUGACUACGUGCAGGCAGUCAAAAUUGGUUCGGACCUACUCGAGAGACACGCAGUGUUGCAAUCGACCUUACGAGUAGAGGAGCUGGUCAAGAUAUUCAUUCACGCCACCAAGAUGGAGAUUGGCUUUUGGGAGAUGUUCCCGUCAUCGGGGUGA